AUGCUUCAGGUUUCCUCCCUCAGUUCAAAGACAUGCGUUGUAGGCUGAUCGGCAUCUCUAAAUUGUCUGUUGUGUGAAUGUGACAAUUUAUAUUUUAUUGCAACUUGUAAAUCCGACAUCAAUUUGGCAUCAGUUGGGGGAGGAAACUGGAGUACCCAGAGGAAACCCCUGAAACACUGGGAGAACAUACAAACUCCACGCACAGAGGGCGGAGCCGGCAUUCAAACCCCCAACCCUGGAGGUGUGAGGCAAACCUGCUAACCACUAAGCUUCGGUGCCCCCUGGAGAUUAAAUAUGCAAUUCAAAAUUCAGACAUCAAUCACAGUAGUACUUCAUAGUUCUGUUCCCUGAGCUGUAUUACAAUCAUAUCCCAUAUCAGCGGUGGCUCAUAUAUAAAGGCAGGUGGGGUUAUAAUCCAAAGUUCAAACACAUUAAUAAAUGCGUAGUAUAGCCUAAUAAAUCGAGAUGACUCCUUAAGUUUUAAGGAGUCAUUAAGGAGUGGGUGAAAAGGUCCGGUUUAACGCGGGUUGAUGUUUCCACCCGGACAUAUUUUGCAUUGCAACCACACGCUUACACUUGAAGUGGUUGGCUAAUGAAAUGUAGCAUGUUUGACACAAGAUCUCACAAGUGUAUUUCCUUAACUAGUUCUUACAAAUAAAACACACAGCAGGAUGUUUACAAAAGCGUUUCGUGUGAAGUCCAAUACCGUUAUCAAAGGAUCCGACAGGAGGAAGCUGAGAACAGACGUCUCCACUGCUUUUCCGUCCCUGUCUGCCGAUGACCUCAACGAGCUCGUACCAAACAAAGAAGAACUGAACGUAGUCAAAAUCUAUGCACACAAAGGAGAUGCUGUCACUCUGUAUGUGCUCCACAGGAACCCGAUGUUCUUCCAGCUGGAGAAACAGUUGUACCCUACAGUGUACACACUAUGGCGAUUUCCUGAUCUGUUACCCGCCUUCACAACAUGGCCUCCAGUGGUACAGAAAUUAACUGGCGGGGCAGAUCUGAUGCUGCCAGGAGUCGUGGUGUCCUCUACAGGUCUACAGGACGUAAAUCAAGGGGACAUCUGUGCAGUUAAUAUCGUGUCAAACAGAGCUCCAGUUGCUGUGGGGACAGCAGCCAUGUCGAGCAGAGAGAUGAGGACCAGUGGGAUGAAGGGAAAAGGAGUAAAUGUGUUACAUACGUACAUGGACCAGCUGUGGGCUUUUGGGGAUAAGACCGCUCCUCCUGUCAUCCCAGUCACUGAUCCUUCAGUCCAGGCAGAGGCGGACAUGGACGGAGGGGACAGUGGCGAAGAGGGAACGGAAGCUUUGGCUCUGAAGACCGUAGGACAGAAUGACUCUGGGACGGCUGCAGUGGAGUCGUCUUGUCGGAAUCUGCAGGAUCUCAGUCUCCGAGAGGGAGAGAAGGAGGAGACAGAGGAGGUGCAGGAAGAACAGGAGGAUUCAAGAUCUCCACAAGAGCAGAUGGAUUCUCUGCUGCUGCAGUGUUUCCUUCAUGCCCUGAAGAGUAAAGUGAAGAAGUCGGAGCUCCCCCUGCUGACCGGCACCUUCCUGCGCAAGCACAUGGCCUCAUGCUGUCCUAAAGGAAAAAAUCUUGACAUCAAAAAAUCCAGCUAUAAAAAGCUCUCAAAGUUUCUGCAGUCUAUGCAGAAGGAGCACAAUCUGGUUCGAGUAAAGGAGUUGAGUAAAGGAGUGGACAGCAUUGUAGAGGUUGACUGGAAGAACCCUGAGUUGUGUUCUUUCUGCAUUCCCGAGGACUGGGAGCCCCCAGAGGAGUGUGCUGAGGAUAGAGAGAGCUGUGAGGAGGUUUAUAAGCCCCCUGAAAUCACCCCACUUUACGGGGUCACCACAUGCCUGGAGCCUCUAUUCCAGGAUGCGCAGAAAAAAAAGGGUGCAGUGCUACAUUCUAGUGAAGUGAGGAUCAUCAUCACCGAUUAUGUGAAAAGAAACGAGCUUGUCCAUGAAACCAACAAAAGUUAUGUGAACAUUAACCCUGUGCUGUGUGACUGCUUACUGGAGAAAUCUGAGUAUCAGGAGGUCAUGGUGUUAAAAUGGGACGAUCUAUUCAGCCGGACUCUGAGCAGGAUGCAGUCGUGCCAUCAGCUGCAGUUUCCAGGCCAGUCUCCUGUAGUCCGGAAAGGGCAGGUGGAGCCCAUUGAUAUCACUGUAGCCUCCAGAGGCUCUAACAAGAAGGUGACUAUAAUAAAGAACUUGGAGGUGUUCGGUAUACAGCCAGCAGCGGUAGCAGACACGCUGCAGCAUCUAGUCCAGGCCAGUUCGAUCCUCCAUGACGUCCCUGGAGCCAAAGAGCGGCAGCUGGUGCAGAUCCAGGGCAACCAGGUGCAUCACGUCGGCAAACUGCUACUAGAGCAAUAUCAGAUCCCUCGCAAAUACAUCCAGGGUUUGGAUAAAGCUCCGAAAGCAGGCAAGAGGAAAUAACACAUACAUCCCACACUAGUUACUGUACAUUGCUGUAACAUAGACAUGAACUUCUGGCCUAAUUCAUUAUUUGUGUCCUAAGACUUCUCCACCGGCAUGAUGUUUAAUCAACAGAGCUGUACUAUGCAUUCAAUAAUGGAAUAAAAUAUUCACAUAAAACCGG